AUGGCAUCACCAACUCCAACUCCACAAAUCCCAAGCACAAUGCGCGCCUGGGUCCGUGCCCGGCGCGGCCCAGCCGAUCGCGCUCUCGAACUAUCCAUCAUUCCCACACCUCCAAUCCCAACAAGCUCUUCGUCCGAUGUCCUAAUUCGCGUAUCUCAUGUAUCUCUCCAAGUCAACACAGAGUUUCUGCUGAAUAUACAACCUCGAAUCCCAUUCACAAAUCCCGGAAUCCCCGAACUCGAGCUAUCAGGCGAAAUUGUCGCUGCAGGCGAUGGCGUAUCGAGCGAUCUACGCGAGAUAGGCGCACACGUCGUCGCAUUUCAGAAUAUUCCUAAUGCAAUCAUGGGUUAUGGCGUGAUGGCAGAAUACAUCCUGCUUCCUGCCAGCCAGGUAGCGCGGAUCGAUGCGGGAGUAGACAUGGCGGCUGCGUCGGGGAUAAAUGGGUGUGGAAGUACGGCGCGCAAGAUAAUUCGGACUGCGGGCGUGCAAUCCGGUCACACUGUCCUUGUUAAUGGGGCAAGUGGGUCGGUCGGGUCAGUACUUGUACAACUAUGCAAGCUACGCGGCGUGAAGGUUGUGGGUGUUGCUAGUGGUGGAAAUGAGGAGCUAGUGCGCGCACUAGACGUUGACGAGUUUAUCGAUUACCGCAAACAUGACCUGCCAGUCUACCUGGCGAAAGAAUAUGGCGAUAAGCCCUUUGAUUUCGUGCUAGACUGCGUGGGAUCGCAAGCGCUCUAUGCAAACUCGCCCAAAUAUUUGAAGUCCGAAGGGGCUGUUGUGAAUAUCGGAGCGUUGGAAGGCAUGGUUUCGCUGACGUGCAAUAUCAUGUGGAAUAAGUUUUUGCCUGUCUGGCUAGGAGGUGUACCGCGCCCGUACAUAUUUUUCAGUACUCCUCCGACGCGCGAUGACGCCGUUUUUAUUGGACGCUUGGUUGAGGAAGGUAAAUUGCGCAUUCCCGUCGAUUCCGUCUUUGAUAUGGAGGACGUGAUCGGCGCCUAUGAACGGAUUGCCACUAAGCGGGCGCGUGGUAAGGUCGUGGUCAAGAUACGAAGGGACUAG